CAUGUGGUGCUACGUGGUCACCAGGUGGAGCCACAUUCUUGGCUUCCAGGUCUACUGGGCCCGAAGGGCAGCCACGAGCCUCAGGACUCUCAUCCUCCUGUGUCAGCCAGUGCCUGCCCUAGUCUAGGGACAGCUCAAGGUGGGACAACUGGUAGUACCCCUCCCUACUCCAGCAAGAGAAUGGGGGAGCUGAGCAGGACUUGGGGUCUUUGCCAGGACACCUCCUUUCUCCCCAUUGGUGAAACGAAGAAAGAGGCUUGGAGAUGGGGUGACUGGGCAGGGUGGUGGUAUGCUCACACUGCUGGUAGGGGAUCCAGAACUCAAAGCCAGUCCCUGUGCUCAGAUCCCUUAUGGAGAAAGGGCUGCUGAGUCAAAAUGGGCAGGGCCCCCAUUCCCCAUCCAGCCUUUGACAUCUGACCGCUCCCCUGCGCAGGCCCCAGGAGCUGGUGGGUGCAGGUCAGAGCUCUUUCUGCCUCUGGUGAGCGCUUUCUGACUCACCUGGUCAUGGCCUCAGUGGACCUGCCUGAAGGGCAGUGGGGGCGGCUGAGACAAGGUGUUCUGUCCCUUGGUCUGUGUGUGUGCCAGCUUCUCUGCCUCCUGGGCCCUUCCUCAGCAGCCCCCAUGUGACACUCAAAUCAUUCUGAGGUUGCUGCGAUGGACCCCAUUUUGCAGAUGAGGCAACCGGGGUCUCACUGUGGACAGCUGACCCCAGUUGGGGGUUUCUGCCUCUGGAGCAUGCUUGUCAUGCUCCCCAGGCCCUCAUGCUGGCGGCUGCUGUGUGCAUGUGUGUGGGCGCUGGGCAUGACUGAGUAGGAGGUGACAGGUGGCAGGAGAGUGCUUGGACUUUGUUGGUGCUGUUGGCUGGUUCAGAAGGGAGACACUCAGGUGUAACGAGAUCAGAUGGGAGGUGGGCCAGGAGCUAAGAAUAGGAUUGGACAUGGGUCCUGGCUCAGGUGGGGCAUGUCAAUGCCAGCCAGGAAGUAGCCCGCUGGAGUCGGAAUAGCAGGGAGUAGGGCCCAGGACUCAGGGUUCCAGGAGAGGGGCAGAGUCCGACUCAGCUCAUAAACAGAGCUGAUAGGACACAGCGCAGGGACAGGGGAAGGGUUGGGACCCAGGGUACUGGUACCAGGGCGGGAGCUCUGUGCUCAGAGGAAGUGCCCACCUGGCCCCCAUGGCCUUCCUGGUGGCUGGGACCCUGCGGGUGGCCGCAAUGGUGGCAGACACUCAGGAGAGCCUAAGGAGAAAGGUAGUGGAGGCUCUGCCUGGCCCAGCUCACUCCUGGCUCCUGGCUGAGCCCCACUCCAGCCCAACUCUGGCCUUGCCUCCCCAGGGGAAGUACAGCACACAGGGUCCAAAGGUGGCCCUGACUCUCAGCAGCCCUGGGGUGUCGGCCUCUACAGUGGCUGUCCUGGAGGGCAUAUUCCGGGCCCUGCGCGUUGAGAGCUGGCAGAGGAGGGAGGCCUUGGUUCAGGGCUUCCUUGGGGAGCUGGCUGGCUUCCGGGAGCAGCUGGAUGCCCAUGGGGGCCCUGUGGGCUGUGUCCUAGUGGCCUUGGUGGCCCCCAGUGGGCUGCUGAGGCAGCCACAGCAGCUGGUCCAGGAGCUGAGCCGCUGUGGGGCCUUGCGGGGCUGCCCCAAAGUCUUCCUGCUGCUCUCGAGUGCUCCUGGGGCUGCCCCUGAGCCUGGAGCCUUCCUCACUAGCCUGGGUGAGCUCUGUGGCCGCUGUCCUCACUGGUCCCUGCUGCAGCUGCUGACAGAGGUCUUCUGCAGGAUAGCUGAAGAGUUCUCAGGGGCCACCUACUGCCCAGUCCUUCGGAGCUCCUUGCGGGGGGCACUGUGCCUGGGGGACACGGAACCUUGGGGGCUUGAGCCAGAACCCAGUCCCAGCGCUCAAUAUGACCUGUCCGGGGCCAGGGUCGCCCUCCUCCUGGCCGUUAUCCGGGGCCGCUCUGGGGCCCAGCACGACGUCGAGGCGCUCUGGGGCCUGUGCCAGGCCCUGGGCUUUGAGACCACCCUGAUGACCGAUCCUACAGCCCAGGCUUUCCAGGAGGAGCUGGCCCAGUUCCGGGAGUGGCUGGACGCCCACAGGGGCCCCGUGAGCUGUGCCCUUGUGGCCCUGAUGGCGCAUGGAGGGCCUCAGGGACAGCUGCUGGGGGCUGACGGGCAAGAGGUACAACCAGAGGCACUGGUGCGGGAGCUGAGCUGCUGCAGGGCCCUGCGGGGCCGCCCCAAGAUCUUCCUGCUUCAGGCUUGCCGUGGGGGGCACAGGGACGCUGGCUUGGGGCCCACAGCUCUCUCCUGGUUCUGGCGCUGGCUGCGGGCACCACCAGCCACCCCCUCCCAUGCCGAUGUCCUCCAGGUCUAUGCCGAUGCCCAAGGCAGCUCCUCCAGGGGCCCCACUGCAGGGAGCUCUGACCAGGCAGACAUCCUGAUGGUCUACGCAGCCGCCGAGGGCUGUGUAGCCUAUCGGGAUGAGACGGGCUCAGACUUUAUCCAGACGCUGGUGGAGGUCCUCAGAGCUGACCCCAAGGGAGACCUCCUGGAGCUGCUGACUGAGGUGAAUCGGCGGGUGUGUGAGCUGGACGUGCUGGGUCCCGACAGCGACGAGCGCCGCAAGGCCUGCCUGGAGAUCCGCAGCUCGCUGAGGCGCCGGCUCUGCCUGCAGGCCUGACCGCGCCCGAGGCCGCUCAGGUGGAAUCGACAGUGGGGGCCACACCCCAGCGCCAUCACUGACUCCCUCCGCUCCGCGGUUUCCUCGCCUGUAAACGGAGCAUCACAGCACGGGCGCCGGCGCUCAGCGAGCGUGCAAUAAACAUGUUGAUGGUCGCUGUACACGUGAACAGUGCCUGCUCUCAGAGAGGUGCGACAGUAAGAGAGAAUGUAUGCAAAGUGCCUGGCACUUCAUAAAGGCGGAUACGAGGCCAGGCCUGCCAACACGGGCUGGGCUGGCCUAGAAGUCCUGGGAAGGGGCUGCCGGGGUCCACAGCGCUCUCCUAGCACACGCGCCCCGCGCUAGGCCGUGGAGAUGCAGGAGACGCGACCCCGCCUUCACGGCGGUCAGCGUCUAGUCUGGGGCCAUAAGACUGGAACAGAGACUGCAGGUUUGGCGGGGCGGGGAGGAAUCACAGGCUCUGGGGGAGCAGUGGGCAGCUCCUGGCCCAACGUGGGCCGGGGGCCCUUGGAGAAAGAGAUCCCAGGGGGCCCCUCGGAGCAGGAGGGGCUUGGGCAGCGCCCCCGGGACUCGAACUCCCCCUCACAGGCCCGCGCCCACCGUCCCUGCCAAACGUCCGGCGCUCAGUCCUGCUCCGGGCCUGGUGCUCCUCUUGGAGCCCCGCCCACACGGAGCCCAAGAGGCGGGGGCUCCUCGCCGCUGUGAGCAUGCGCGUUGCGGUACACUGCGCAGGCUCCUGCACAGGCUCUAUGGGAAAAGCUGCACAACUGUCAAAAGCAGGGCCGCGUGGCCUAAUGGAUAAGGCGUCUGAUUCCGGAUCAGAAGAUUGAGGGUUCGAGUCCCUUCGUGGUCGCUGUAGGGCACGUUUUUCUCCCUCGCCUUAAAAUUUUCCCGGUCUCUGGACAGCACCCUACGCCGGCCCAGGUCGCUCGGGCUGGGCCAACCGCCGGCCCCGCCCCGCCUUCUUGCCCUCGGGACGCAUCCCUGUGCCUGCACCCGCCGAACUCCAGAUCCGGGGCGAAACCGAGGGCGCUGCGGGGAUCAAUGCCGGCCGGAUCCGCGCGGACUACGGAGCCUGAAGCCACAGGCCGCGAGUCCCGAGAGCCCAUUCGGGAUUGGCUACGUGAAUUACGGUUUAGAAGAGGAGAACUGUGACUGACGAAGGGUUGGACUGUUGGGGGGUGGGAGUGAUUUGCCCUAAGGGGGUCAGAGGACGUUGCGUUUUAAAA